CCGUCAUCAAUUUGAUAUAAUUACACUGUAAUAAUUAUCCUAAUAUUCGAACUUCCAAAUUCAAAAGAACACUUGUUGUUUAGUUCUGUCAAAUAAUUAGUAAUUACCUUAUUCUGCAAUAAUUAUUCAAUUGCUAUUCAGCGGUUGAAGUUGUGGAAUGAUGUAAUGUUACAUAUUUAAUUUCUUUUGAGUUUUCGAUAAAAACAAGCAAACAUGGAAUCCUCGUCAUCAGGUUACCAUAAUUUAAACGAAUCCGAUCGCAAGAUCAAUAAUGCUUUUACAGCUAAAAGACAAGCGCAAGACUUCGAAAUGAGUAAUGUUACUAUUGUUCCCGAUGGUAAAUACCAACCAUUAAAUUUACACCACUCAGUAGUCAGUACUUGUUGGAUUAAAAAUUGAAAAAAAAAAUGUAUGUUGUUCAAUAGAAACGUACACUGUAGCCCAAGCAGUGGAUGCUUUUGGAUUUGGUAAAUUUCAAGUGAAGUUAUCAUUAUUCACAGGACUUUGUUGGAUGGCUGACAGCAUGGAAACAACUAUAUUGAGUAUUUUGUCACCUACUUUGCAUUAUGAAUGGCAGAUCACACGUCUUCAGCAAGCUUUAGCAACAACUGUAAGUUUAUUACUAAUUUUUAAAUGCUCUACAUUCAAUUUAUCACGUAUAUUAUUUAUGUACUUAAUACUAUUUAUUUAUUAUAAUUUAACUCUUUUUAGAUUGUUUUUCUGGGUAUGAUGAUAAGUUCACCAUUUUGGGGAUCGUUCAGUGACAAAUUUGGCCGAAAACCAGUAUGUAUAUUAAAUAUUUUAUACCAUUUGGAAUUUUGAUUUACCUAGUUAGAAAAAAUCAUAAUUAAUUAUAUUUUUCAGGCUUUAACACUAUGUUCAGUGUUAUUGUUUUAUUUUGGAAUCUUGAGCUCAAUGUCACCAAACUACACAUGGUUAUUAAUCUUAAGAGGAUUAGUUGGAUUUGCUAUUGGUUGUUCUCCACAGUCGUAUGUAAAAUUAAUUAAUUUGGUUUGCAUUUAGUAAUUAUUUGUUGACUUAUUAUGUAUUUGUUAGUGUUACUUUGUAUGCAGAAUUUUUGCCUUGUAAACAACGAGCCAAAUGCGUUGUUUUACUUGAUGUAAGUUUUGAUAUUAGCAUUGUGUAAUUGUUAUAAAUAAUACAUUUUUACAUUACAUACAAACUGAGGUGAUACAAGAAGAUCAACAAUAUUUAUCUUUUAUACUAUUUCAAAAUAACAAAUAAAAAAAUUAAUUACAUUUUUUAUUGGUAUAAGGAUAAUUAAUUUAGUUCCAAUCAAUAAGUUUUUUUUUUUUUGUAUCACUUCAUAAAUUGUUCUAAUCAUUGAACAGAUAUUAAUAAUUGCUUCUUUUUACAAUUUUCAUUUAGUGUUUUUGGGCACUUGGAGCAUGCUUUGAAGUUCUCUUGGCCCUAAUAGUGAUGCCCACAUUAGGCUGGAAAUGGCUUUUAGUACUGUCCACAGCACCAUUGCUAGGUUUUGCAUGUGUUUGCCCGGUAAUGAACCACCUAGUAAACACUUGUUGCACUUAGUUGCUAAUUUAUAUUUACUGUAUUUAUAACAGCAUCAUUAAUUAUCAAUUAAAUAUAUUUUUGUAUUUAUAGUGGUUGCCAGAAUCAGCUAGGUAUCUAGUGGCUAGUGGUCAAACUGACAAAGCAAUUGAUACAUUGAAAAAAGUAGCAUAUGAUAAUGGUAAACCAAUGCUUCUAGGAAGAUUAGUUGUUGAUGAUGUUGUUUUAGAAGAAAAACGUGGUCAAUUCACUGAUCUUCUGUUGCCACAGCUCAGAAUUACUUCAGUUUUACUCUGGUUUAUUUGGUAGUUCAUCCACUCCAUACACAUAUUAAAAAAGUUAUUUAAUAUAGUUUUAUAUACUCUUAGGCUCGUUUGUGCAUUUUGUUACUAUGGCAUAGUAUUGAUGUCCACCGGGCUGUUUGAGAGUGGUAACAAUAACAGAAUCUGUUCCCCAAAUUUAGAUGGGGGUGUUUUUAAAACUGUGCAAUCAUGUACUGCCGAAUCUCGUUAUCUGACAACUCGUGAUUAUAUUGAUCUACUAUGGACAACACUUGCAGAAUUUCCAGGUAAUUUGUUUUUGUAUUAGCUAGAAAGUAUAAAGACUUUACUCUAAACAAUUUAUUUUUGACAGGAAUAUUUGCCACUAUUUUUGUGAUCGAUAGAUUUGGCCGAAAAAUUACUUUAGUUUUUCAAUUUACAAUAUUUGCUAUAAGCUUAUUUUUUCUAUUCCAGUGUGCAAAAAAGUAAGACAUUUUUUAUCUUUAAAUGGCAUUAUUUCUUAUUUAUUUUUUUUUUUAGUCGUGUCUUGUUAACAAUUGCAUUAUUUUUUGCAAGAGGUAUAAUUGCUGGGGUAUUUCAAGCUGUGUAUGUUUAUACUCCAGAGGUAUCUUGCAAUUGUCUAAAUGUUUUUAAUAAUUUUUGUUCUACUUAUUAAUAAUUAUUAUUUAUAGGUUUAUCCUACACCUUUAAGAUCUAUUGGGGUUGGUACUUGUAGUGCUAUGGCUCGCUUAGGUGCUAUGGUUACUCCGUAUAUUGCACAGGUAAUUUUUUAUUAUUAAUAUUUAAAAACAUCAUAUUAGGUUUUUUUUUUUUAGGUAUUGCUCAAAUCAUCGUUUACUACUUCAAUAAUAAUAUACAUUACGGCAGCACUUCUUGCUGCUUUAGCAAGUUCAUUAUUGCCAAUCGAAACCAAAGGGAGAGAUAUGAAAGAAUGUGUAGAAAGAAACUAAGAAACCAUUUAACAGAGACUUAGUGAUUGUAUGUACUUUAAGUGUUAUUUAUUAUAUUUAAAAUUAUCUUGAAAACUGGUUUGUCAAAAAUAUAUUCUGAAUAUCACUAGGUAUAUGAGACAAAUGUUCAAAUCAGUAUUAGAAAUAGUUUUAUAAUUAAUUUAGUAAUUGUAAAAUCUUGUUUUAAUUGAAUUUUAUUUAUAUUCAAUUUUAGUAACUUAUGACAUUUUUCUAAUUUUUAUAUUGAAUUGCCAAAAAACUUGUUAGGAAUUACUUCUGUGAAGUAUUAUGUUUAUCUAUGG